UAAUCUGUCGUCAACUGGUCCCGGGACAUAGUAUUCAAUGAUUCACAGCACCGACGGUCGACCUCGAACGACGCCUUGAAUGACGCCUUGCACCCCUCCGACACAACAGACCUUUCCCCACGUACGUAUUGUCUGGAACUGGUCGUGAAGACAUGUCCGGACCUACUACUGUCCAGCCGCCGUCGAGUGGCCUCCAUCUAAACACCAACCUGUCCUCUUCGGGCCAGGCGAACAACAAUGGGGAUGAGCAGGACGGGACAGAACCAUCCAAGCAACCCAAACAGCAUGUGCUCAUACGGCACCCCGACGAGGACCCGAACGUCGCACUGAGCACGCUGAAAGCGUUCAAGGUCGACAGACUGCAGUGCGUCUGGGCCCUGCCGGCAAGCCAGAUAGACGACUCCUUCGUCCGAGAGCAGUACAGCAAGCUUCUCCUCUACGCCUACAGGGCCAUCCACCGGCAUUUCGCAGAGGAGGUGAAUUUCGCCAUAACGGAGGAGCGAUGGGCUUCGGUCUCGCCCUGGGCCAUGCGACAUGUCAUAGAAAACGACUACACACUGGAGGAGUACGUCGAGUCGGUGGCUCGGCCUCACCCCGUCGGCCAGUCCCCGUGGGACACACUGCUGGCCUCGCGUCGGGAGAGGCGACAUGUCCUUGUUGCCGUUGUAUUGAGGAUGCUGCAUGAGCACGCCUUUGAUGAGCUCCUUUUCGGUGCCAGCCGGGAUCAGGCCAAAAUCCUACGAAACCAGGAUAGGGACUUGGUAUCGGCAGACGCAUUCAAACGCGCCACCAUGCGGGCGGAAUACAUCAACAUGUUCCUCGAACGCAACAACUACGUGCCCUCGCAGUUCUGGGCGGCAGUCGAUGACCUAACCUACCGGAUCGUCAUGCAACUCUAUCCCACGUACGCAUGGAUCAGCACCUCGUGGCGCCGUUCUCGACGAAGGUCCAACCCGCAAAAGCUCUUCCAGAGCAUCCACAACGUGGUGGCUCACGCCGGGUGGCUGGCCGUACAGAUCCGGCGCGUCCCCGCGUCCGUGGUCGUCUUCGACUGGGCCGCCCCGGGCGAGCGCUGGAUGCCGACCUACAAGCACUGCGACAGCGAGAUCUUCCAGCAGUCCGUCUCGAGGGUGGAGAGAGAGGAUGAAGAAAAAAGGAGGCUGGGGAGGGAACCGCCCAGCCACGUGGGGAGGGUCCUCGUUUCGAUCGCGCCGCGGGUCGAGCGCUACGCGGCGGCCAAGGGGGGGCGCGUGCGUUCGGUUCUGCACCCGGUGCGUUGCGUGUGUUACUACGGCAUCGAGAACGAGGCGAUGGAUGCGAAUACGGGCAACGUCGGCCUACGGGGGUAUUCUCAGCUCAUGAAGCAUCGCCGGGAGAGGAGGGAGUUUUAUCGGGUGGGUUUCAAGCACGCUUUUGGGGUAGUACUUGUCGCCUGGGUCGUCUGGAUGAUUAUGCUCGCCAUCACAAACAUCACCACCUUGACCAACCUGGGGCGAGUUGAGGUGGAGAAAAUAUGGUGGUCUGGUAUUUGGAGGAAAUAACCACAUGACGGCGCAUGGGAUGGUAAUCUGGAUGUUGGGAGUGCUGGAGUCAUUUACAUGGAGGUCAAGGUCGAACGAAGGUCAAAGUGCUCGGUUC